AUGUCGGAGAAGAGACUUGACACCGAUUCACCCGUCCACAAGGACAAUGUCUUCCAUCAUGAUGGGGCUGAGAGAAAGCAGAGCAUCGCCGAGCUCACUCAGAACCUCGAGGGGGAGAUUUGCAACCCUCUGAAAGGAAUUUCCAAGGCUCAACUCAUGGAGCAGGUUGCUGUAUAUCAGAAGACUCAAGGCUUGCCUGACGACAUCCUCCCGCUUCUCCAGAAAGGCGCCCUGGUGGCGCAGAAUCCGGCCCUCUUCGAGACUCUGGAUGAACUUGACGAGAGCGAGAAGAUUGCUCUUCGAGAGGAAGUUACCCACAGAUGGAAGCACCCGUGGGCUCUGUACUACACCAUCAUUCUCAACUCGAUUGCUGCAGCCAUUCAGGGAUGGGAUCAGACCGGUUCCAACGGUGCUAACCUCGCCUUCCCCAAUGCCCUUGGUAUUCCUGACUCUGCUGGCUCAGCCUGCGGUCCUGUUGCCAACGAGGGUGAUUGCGCAAAGAACAGCUGGAUCAUCGGCUUCGUCAACUCCAUGCCGUACAUCACCAUCUGCCUGUUUGCCGGCUGGAUAUCCGACCCCAUGAACGAACUUCUCGGCCGACGUGGCGUCAUCUUCGUCGCUGCCAUCUUUUCUGUACUCGCUCCGUUCGGCAUGGCCGUAUCACAGACAUGGGGCCAACUGGCAGUGUGCAGGAUGCUUCUCGGAAUCGGAAUGGGUUUGAAAGAGGUUACAGUUCCGGUAUUCUCCGCCGAGAACUCCCCCACUCUCAUCCGAGGCGGGCUGGUCAUGUCUUGGCAAGUUUGGACGGCCUUUGGCAUCUUCCUGGGCACAUGCGCCAACCUUGCUGUUGGUAAAACCGGAGACAUCGCAUGGCGACUACAGUUUGGCUCUGCUUUCAUCCCAGCUGUGCCGCUUGUGAUUGGCACGUACUUCUGCCCUGAGAGUCCUCGUUGGUACCUGAAGAAGGGCAAGACCGUCAACGCUUGGCAUUCUCUACUGCGAUUGCGCAAUACCCCUUUACAGGCGGCCCGCGAUCUCUACUACAUCCAUGCGCUACUGGAGGAUGAGGUCGCUCUCGUGCGCGAGGCUGGCCUCAAGACUACCAGCAAUUUGUUCACUCGAUUUGUUGAGUUGUUCACGAUUCCGCGUAUUCGACGUGCGACAUGGGCGGCGGGUAUCGUCAUGAUUGCACAACAGAUGUGUGGAAUCAACAUCAUUUCCUUCUACAGCUCGACCAUCUUCAAGGAGAGCGGCAUCAGUGAUUACACGGCUCUAUGGGCCAGCUUCGGUUUCGGUUUGAUUAACUUCACCUUCGCAUGGCCUGCAGUGUGGACGAUCGACACUUUUGGUCGGCGAACACUCUUGCUCUUCACAUUCCCGAACAUGUUCUGGACCCUGCUUGCGGCUGGUCUCUGUUAUCUCAUCGACAAGGACAGCGAGAACAGCACAGCCAGAAUCGCCGCAGUUGCAACCUUUGUCUACCUCUUUGCAGCCUUCUAUUCCCCCGGAGAAGGCCCGGUCCCGUUCAUGUACUCGGCCGAGGUUUUCCCUCUUUCGCAUCGUGAGAUCGGCAUGUCGUGGGCCGUUGCGACCAACAACUUCUGGGCUUCCGUUCUGUCCCUCACCUUCCCUCGCAUGUUGAUUGCAAUGACGGCAACUGGAGCUUUCUCGUUCUAUGCUGGACUAAAUUUAGUUGCCUUGGGUCUUAUAUUUUUGUUUGUACCCGAAACGAAGCAGAAGUCUCUGGAAGAAUUAGACUACGUAUUCGGCGUCCCGGACCGAACCCACGCCUCUUAUCAACUUUUCACUGUCUUACCUUGGUGGAUCAAGCGUUGGAUCUUCCAGAAGAAGACCGCGGUCUGCCCGCCUCUUUACCACGACGAGAACGCCGACAACCACCGUGGUGGCGAGUGA